AGUUCGGACCCAGCUGUUCCCCAGCAGCCGGAGCAGGGCCAGCCCUGGCCAGCGAGUGGCUCACCUCGGCCGAUGCACUCACACUGCAGACACCUCCAGCCGUAAGCAACUGCCAGCACCCUCCUUGCUCACGGGCCAUCGCUGUGCCACUGGGAGAGGCCACAACGGGAUAUGAAGAGACCCACGUAGCAGUGAGCAGGAGUGGGGACUCGUACCUGCCGACGGGGGAUGCUGGAUCUCACACCUCAGGGUGCAAACGGACCAAGAUCCAUCUCUGCUGCAUCCUCCAGCAACCCGCCUGCGAUUUCCUACGCACUUCCUUCAGUGUCCGGAUACUGGAGCAAAAGAUGGAUCUGUCUCACCGGUUUUCCAAGCAAGAGCUGGCCCUGCUCUAUGAGGAGGUCCUCUACACCAUCUGGCACCGCCUGGGCAAGCCUGAGCACCACCAUGUCGCGGACUCCCAGGAACUCUAUGCCUAUGUGCAAAAGGCGUUCGGCAUGGAUGCAGAGGAGCACAGCAUCAUCAUGCAGCAGGUCAAGGAACUGGAGAGCCCAAUAUUUUGCCUGAAAGCAACCGUGAAGGAAGCCAAGGGGAUUUUGGGUAAAGACGUCAGUGGGUUCAGUGACCCGUACUGCCUGCUGGGCAUCGAGACCAAGAGCCAGGACCCGGUCCACACCGACCACAAGAAGCGGAUGAAGGCUGUAGUCAAAGACCUCAUCCCCGAAGACCAGAUCCAUCGCACACAAGUCAUAAGCCAGACCCUCAGCCCAGUGUGGGACGAGACAUUUAUCCUGGAGUUUGAAGAUGUGGAGACGGCCAGCUUCCACCUGGACAUGUGGGACUCGGACAUGGUGGAGUCAGUGCGGCACAAGCUGGGGGAGCUGACGGACCUCCAUGGCCUCAAACGGAUCUUUAAAGAUGCUCGCAAAGACAAAGGGCAGGAUGAUUUCCUGGGGAACGUGGUCCUUCGCCUGAAGGAUCUGCACUGCUGGGAUGACCGGUGGUACCAGCUGGAGCCACGGACGGAGACGUACCCCAACCGGGGACAGUGUCACCUGCAGUUUCUGCUGACUCACAAGAAGAGGGCCACCACGAGCAGCCGGACACAGCCGAGCUACACUGUCCAUCGCCACCUCCUGCAGCAGCUGGUGUCCUAUGAGAUCCUUCAGCACCAGGCUGGCAGCAUUUCCUGGGAUGGGGAGCUGAGCCGACACGCCAGCACCGUGCUGUACCUGCACGCCACGCAGAAGGAUCUCUCUGACUUCCACCAGGUCAUGGCGCAGUGGCUGGCGUACAGCAAGCUCUACCAGAGCCUUGAGUUCAACAGCAACUGCCUGCUCCACCAGAUCACCAGUAUCGAGUACCAGUGGGUGCAGGAGCGCCUGAGGCCAGAGCAGAAAGCAGAGCUGGCUGAGUCCUUCCAGUCCUUGCUGACUUAUGGGAUCUCCCUCGUCCGGAGGUACCGCAUCAUUUUCCCCCUCUCUGUCCCAAGGUCCACGGAGAGGCUCCAGUCCCUGCUCCGGGUUCUGGUCCAGAUGUGCAAAAUGAAAGCUUUCCAUGAGCUGUGCGUGCUCAGCCCUGACCUCCCCCAGAUGGUCUCCACAGCGCUGAAGUCAGGCACGACGGAGUGGUUUCACAUGGAGAAGCAGCACCUCAAGCCCAUGGUGAAGAGCAUGGAGGAGAAUGGCAAAGCCUUGUCCAGACUCCUCCUAGAGGUGAUAGGAGAUCUCCAGCAGUGCCAGAAAAUCUGGAAUAAAUUCUUCAUCAGCACCUUGAAGUUGAAUCUCUUCUCCAUCGCCUACCUGGAGCUGGAGAGCCUGGUUGCAGAGCAUGUCCAGGAGCAGCUGCGUGAGGUCGACAGCAGCAUGUCCAAGCCCACAGCUGAGAGCCUUUUCCAGCUCUACAUGAACCUACAGGAGCUCUAUCGGAUGAAGAACUUCCUCCCAAAGAGGGAUGGACCUCUGGCUCUGAGCAAUUUCCACCAGUGGUUCAAGGAAGCUGUGCCCCAGUGGCUGCAGAAGGCCUACACCAUUGCGCUGGAGAGGGCACAGAGAGCCAUCCAGAUGGACCAGCUGACGCCCUUUGGAGAGCACAACAAGCACAGCACGUCCACUGUUGACCUGUCCACCUGCUACGCCCAAAUCGUGAAGACCUGGCAGCAGCUCAACUGGCCAGACCCCGAGGAAGCCUUCAUGAUCAUGGUGAAGCUCGUGGAGGACAUGUGCAAAAUAGCCCUGAUGUACUGCCGGCUCAUCAAGGAGAGGGCUGAGGCUCUGUCGCUGAGCGAGCAGAACGAGGGUGAAGCAGCCAACAGGCUCUGCAUCGUGGUGAACAACAUCAAGCAGCUGCGGCUGUUGAUCCUGAAGCUGCCAUCACAGCUGGACUGGGUGCAGCUGGUGGAGCGCACAGAGGCCGUCAUCGACCAGCAGCAGAUCCAGCACACGCUGCAUAACCAGCUCGACAGCGCUGUCUCCUGCCUAGACCAUGAGGUCCGGGACGUGGUGCAAGCCCUGGCCACCAAGCUGGAAAAAGGCAUUGCCAGACACAUCCAGGAGCUCUCAUCUUCCAAUGAUACCCGGGAGCCUGAGGACUCCAUCAUCCCACUCAUGAAGUUCCUGGAGUCGGAGCUGCAGUAUCUCAAUGAGCAUCUGGUCCAGGAAAACUUCAAAAGCCUCCUCACUCUCCUCUGGCAUCACACCUUGUCUGUGCUGUCGGCGGCCGCGGGGCAGCAGGUCCCCUCAACCCAGUGCUACAAGAAGCUGCACUGUGCCCUGAAGAGCCUGGAGCUGUGCUUCUACGCUGAGGGCUGCGGGCUGCCACUGGAGACCCUCCACGCUGCAGCCUUCCUGUCACUGGAGAGCCACCUAGCCCUCUGCUCCUCCACCAGCCGCAAACUCAUCCAGAAAUACUUCAGCAACAGGAUCCAGCAGCAGCUGGACACCAGCUCAGAGAAGUACGGGGCCGUGACAAUCAAAGCGCUGUAUCGCCCUUCGGAGCAGAAACUCCGAGUGGAAGUGCUCAACGCUGUCAACCUCAUCCCGCUGGACUCCAACGCUGUGCUGGGGCGGAGGGGGCGGCGGGAGGGGGCUGACAUCUGCACCCCGCCAGGCUCGAGCGACCCCUUUGUCCAGCUCACCCUGGAGCCCCGGCACCAGUUCCCCGAGGUGGUGGCCCGGACUACUCAGUGCAAGAGGAACGAGCUGCACCCCCUCUUCGACGAAGCCUUUGACUUUUUGAUCCCCCCCGAGAAGUGCCGGCAGGAGGGGGCCUGCCUGCUGCUGACCGUGUUUGACUACGACACGCUGGGGGCCAACGACCUGGAGGGCGAAGCCUUCUUCCCCCUCUGCCACCUGCCCGGCCUUGAUGCCGAUGAGGACCAGGCUGACACAGGACGGGUGCCCCAGACCCGCCUGCCCCUCACCCACCCCAAACCCAGUGGAGACGAGAUCCUCCGGCUGCUGGAGUCCAGGAAAGGGGACAAAGAGGCUCAGGCCUUUGUUAAGCUCCGCAAGCAACGAGCCAAGCAAUCCAAGGAGAGAGAGUGAGGGAGGUGGAGGAAGAGGGUCCCAAAAUGAGGGUGUUCAGCCAGUGGGACCCCAGCAGUUUUGCCAGUGCUGGAGCCAUCGCCAUCCACAAGGGCCAGGAGGACAGAGGGGGGGGUCCCUGUGUCCCCCCCCCCCUCCCAGCACCCAUCUCA